AUGGGUUACUUUUUGUCCAUGAAGGGUGUGAAAUAUGUAUACAAAAGGGAUUUUUUCUGGAGAACUUGGCGUGUGUUAAAUAACACUAAUCAUUCAGUUGUUUGCUAUAAGUGUAACAGUUUUAAUUCGUCCAGUGCUCAGUGUGGAUAUUGGGUGAUAGAAGAAAAGCCUCCACCAUGUCCUUAUGAAAUAUUUUCUCUAGAGGACUCCAUAACUCUAUGCGUUGUAAAUUAUACUGGCUUCCAUAACCCUUCCCAACCGUGUCCAUCAAAAAUACACCUCGAAGAACUAUUAGAAACUUGCACCAAUCCAAUAUUGACAAAAUGGAGAGUUCAAAGGGAUUACAGUGCUGCAGAUCAGAGUGCUAUCGAUAUUUGUCAAGGACGUGAGAAUUGCGAUAUUACCAGCUUAUAUACGAUAAACAAGGAUUCCAUAAUAUUUAGACUAAUAAAUUCAACAAAUCACAUAUUUUACUCCCGCGUCAUGAAAAGCGGAAGCAAAAACUAUGCUUGUGACGAAGAUUGUGGAUACUUUAACCCACGUACACAAGCCGUCACCAAAAAUAAUAAACAUUUAGUACUAAAUUUA